AGGAUCCGGGGCGACACCGCCCGCCCCCCUGGGGGGAGGAGAGCGCACGCCUCCGUGCUUGCGGGGGGGGGGGCCGGCGGAGCGCACUCCGGGGAGUUCAUCAAGGUCCGGGCCGACAACCUGGCGCCCCCGGCCGCCGCGGGCCACGCCGACGCCCAGCGGAGCGAGGAGUGGCUGGUCCGUGGCGCGAACGCCAUCGUGCUGGACGACCACCCCGAGCUGGCUGGGCAGCAUGUCAGGGUAGUCUCGCUGGACGCGGCCACCGGCCAGGUGAGGUGCGUCGUCCGCGCCACGAGCGUUCCGGCCACGGUCGAGCGCGAGAAGCUGCGGCCG